AUGGAUGUAGAGGGAGGUGUCUUCCAAAUAAUAAAUGGCGAUUUAAGUAAUUUAAAACAUAUUCAAGACACAUCCAUUGAGUAACAGCAAGCCAAAAUUAGAGUUGAAGAAUUGCGGUAGAAAUUGGUAGAAAAAUACCCUCAAACAUUUAUUAAUGUUUCUGAGGACAUUAAUAAAGGGAGUUUUAAUAUGAAUUUUCCUUUGGAGACUCAUGGUGGAAUUAUUAAAUUUCUCUUUGAACUAAAAAUUGAAUUUUAAGAUUAAUAAUUUGACUUCAAUGUUUACUUUUUAGACAAUAAUGGAAGAAUGAUUGUGAAUUAAAAAGUAAUUCUAUACUUUAAAUUUUAGCUGCUAAGACUUUAGGUUUCCAGAUAUGCCUUGCGACUCAAUGGCAGUCUUCGCGUAGGAAGCUUUUUUUUGAAUCCAGUUUAUGGCGACCUGGGAUUGAAUUUGGCCUGUAUUAAUAAUAAAAAUAGUGAGUUUUUUGAUUUAUCUAAUCCAUAUUAUGAUGACUUAAUCAACUAUAUGGAUAGCUUAAUCGUUACUGCAGUACAUUCAAUCAGGUAUCACUAUUUAAGGAUUUUAUUCAUGAUCAACAAGAUUAACUUAAAGCAAUUUAAAUUAUACGAAUAAUAUUUCGAAAAGGUCAGGUACAACCACAAUAAUUCAAUUAAUUGGAGAAAAUUCCCAAAGGAGACUGAACAAUUGUUGUAGAGGCUUAAGACAGUCGUGAAAAAGUAACUAUGAUUUAAAUAUUUAAAAAGUCAGAUGCAUUUACAAUUUAAUUAAUAGGAGUAUUUAAAAUAUGGGCCAAUCAUCUCUAAAUCAUUGCAGGCAGAUAAUUCAUGUUUGAUUGAAAUUGUCCCAAAAAAUGACAGGGAAUUGGAAGUAGAUGAAAGGUUUCAGAUAAAUGAAGGAGGCUUUUGUAAUAUCUAUUCAAAAGAGAUCGUUUUUGCAAUCAAAAGGGCCGGUCAGAUUUAAUAGCAAAGCCAAAAAAGAACUCUCGUUAUUAAAUUGAAUAAGAGUUAGGGUGCCGAUAAAGUCAAAAACGAAGUUGAAAUUAUCAAAGUAUUAAGCAGGAAGGUCCAGAACGUAUAAGAUGAGCAAUAAGUUUUAGUAUUUAAUAUUUUGAAAUUAGCCUUCCUAUUCUCUAAAUUACUUUUAGUUUACAGGAUGUUGUCCAUAUAUUGCUUAGUUCUAUUUAGUAUGUGAAAGGCCCGAUCUUCUAUUGAUGGAAAGAUACUAUCACUCUUCAUUGGACUACUUUAAAUCCAAGAAAUAGGAAGUCUUAAGUUUGUCCACUAGAAUUUUCAUUGCUCACAAUAUCGCUAUGGGUUUGAGGUACAUUCACAAUUACAACAUCAUUCAUAUGGAUAUAAAGCCAGCAAACAUUUUGAUAUCAAAGACAUAUAUGGCAAAAAUAACGGAUUUUGGAGAGGCUAUCAAUACAUAGAAUAUCUCUGAUAGCGAAAAGCCAGGGAAGACAAUGCCAUUUUGUGCACCUGAAAUUUAACAAAAGUUAGAGAAUAAUUAGUUUACUCCUGCUUAUGACAUAUACUCAUUUGGUGUACUCUUUUUUGAACUUAUAUUUGAUCGAUACCCAACAGUAAGAUAUAUUAUAAUUUUCUAGGACUUCAGGAAAUAGAAUUUUAAAUACUUUGAGGAGAAAUUACAAAAGCAGAUUUAUUCUGUUAGAUAGAACGAAGAUGUUGAUAAAACGCUAGGGCCAUAAUAUAUAAUGAAAUACUUACUAAGAUUGGGUAUUCAAUGUAAAAAAAUCAUAUAAACAUAAUAGGUUUAUAGCCAGAUCCAAAGUUAAGGCCUAAUAUUGAUAAAAUUAUUUUAGUUUUGAAAGAUAGUCUCACAUUCUUAGACAAAGUUUAUUGA